AUGUGGCUUCAAUGCGCGAAAGCAGCCAGGCACCGGCCAACAACCUACCGCUUCAAUCGCAUUGGCCAAAUCCGCCAUUACAAUGCAGCCGUAUUAGGCGCUGGCGUGACCGGCCUGACGGCCGCCUGGCAGCUGGCACAAGACCCUGAAUGCGAAGAGGUCGUUAUAUUCGAGAAGUCCAACCGGCUAGGCGGCUGGAUUGACUCCGAAAGAGUUCCUGUUAAGGGAGGUGAAGUGCUAUUCGAGUACGGCCCGCGCACAUUGAGGGGAGCGAUACCAACGUCGCUUCCGCUCCUCUACCUGGCUACAAAUCUAGGCCUGUAUCAAGAUCUCCUCUUUACCCCGAAGUCCAGUCCGGCCGCCCGCAAUCGAUUCAUUUACUACCCAGACCGUCUGGUACAACUGCCUGGCCCGUCCAGCAGGAAGCUCACAUUCACCCAAAAAAUUGAACAGCUUGUGGGACAACUUCAAGAACCAUUAUUCAAAGGGCUGUUCCCCGGAGUCUUGAAGGAUCUCAUUACUCCAGCCCGACACCCGUCCGAAUGGGCGAAGGAUGAAUCUGUAGCGGAUUUUGUCGAGCGUCGAUGGGGCUCUGAUAUCGGCGAAAAUGUGGUCUCGUCCGUGCUGCAUGGAAUCUAUGCCGGAGAUAUCGAUCAGUUGAGCGCCCAAACGCUAAUGGGUGACUUCCGCAACAAUGAGGGCGGUGUUGGCGGAACUGGCGGGUUUGUUUCUGGCGGAGUAAUAUCAUCUUUGAUGUCUCGGUCGAUGUCGAAGCUGACCUCAAGGAAAGUGGAUGACUUUAUGGCCGUGGAGGCCAUAUCUGCGGGUCCUGAAUUGGUCCGACGCCAACCCCAACUAGAGAGGCUCCUUGGGCGUGCCAGUACUUUCAGCUUCAAAAAGGGCGUUGGGCAGCUCGUUGAAGCACUGGCUACUUCAUUGACUGCGUCCCCGAAAGUGAAGAUCCACAAGAAUACCGAAGUUCAAUCGCUCGGUAGAACUCUUCACUCCUCUUCCGUUUCUAUUGAAUCCCCUUCAUUGGUUGAAAAGGGGAAGACAAGAUGGUCCGAAUUCGACCAUGUCAUCUCAACAAUUCCUCCAGUAUCGCUUGCUAAAACCAUGCGUACAAACACAACAGACAAGGAACCGAGAAUAAAAAACCCCGGUCACACCCCUCACCUCCUCAGCAAACAAAAUUACGCUGUGACUGCCAUGGUCGUGAACCUCUACUAUACAGACCCGAACCUCCUACCCGUUCAAGGGUUCGGGUAUCUAAUCCCACGUUCAAUCCCUUACACCCAGAAUCCAGAGUGCGGACUCGGUGUGAUCUUCGCCUCACAAUCAAGCGUAGGCACAGACGUGGAGGGUUCCCCCGUCAGCCAAGAUUCCGUCCCUGGCACCAAACUGACUAUAAUGAUGGGCGGUCAUUACUGGGAUGGCAGACAACAGUAUCCAAACCACGAGACUGCCGUCAAGAUGGCGCGCUCUAUGCUCGAACGCCACCUGAACAUUACUGCCGAACCCGCCGUUGCAAAGAGUCGCUUGCAGAAAGAUGCCAUUCCACAAUAUACCGUUGGCCAUCUGGAUCGGAUGUAUAAUCUGUCGACAGUUGUGCGCCAUGAAUUCGAUAACCGACUUAUUCUGGCCGGAAACUGGUAUAAUGGGAUUGGCGUUGGCGACUGUGUCAACCAGGGCAUUUUGGCUGCUACAUAUGGGCUUGGACGAAAGCUGGGAGGUCGCCCGACGCCUUGGCGGCCAUGGCUGUCUUUCGAUUACCGGAACUGGAAGCUUCAAGGUGGCGUUGUUACAGCUCCUGUGAGGUUGAUUGAUUCGACUAUCUGA